GCAGUUCUUUGAAAUUUGAAUCAUGGAUAAGAGAAGAUGAAUAAAAAAAAUUACUAAAGAUUUAGUAUAAAAAUCCCCACGUUCUCCGUCUUCGUGUCCGUGGAUUCCCAUUUCCCACUGCUGCUUUUUCCCAUUCACAGCUGCACUCACUUCAGCAACAUCCCAAUUUUGCUUUCCUCUAUAGUGCAGUGAUUAGCAAGCCGAGGACAAAAUGAUGGGGUUCUUGAAACCCAUGGUGGGUUUUUGGCUGCUGCUAUGCUGUCUGGCCGUGGUUACAGAUGCAACUUACCUGAAAUACGAAGACCCUAAACAGCCAUUGGGUGCUAGAAUCAAAGAUCUUAUGGGUCGCAUGACUUUGGAAGAGAAAAUUGGCCAGAUGGUUCAGAUUGAACGGAAAGUUGCAACCCCUGAUGUCAUGAAGAACUACUUCAUCGGGAGUGUACUGAGCGGUGGAGGCAGUGUACCGGCGGAGAAGGCGACGGCAGAAGCUUGGGUUAAUAUGGUGAAUGAGAUCCAAAAGGGGUCUCUAGCCACUCGUCUGGGGAUCCCCAUGAUUUAUGGGAUUGAUGCUGUCCAUGGUCACAAUAAUGUGUACAAUGCUACUAUCUUUCCUCAUAAUGUUGGUCUCGGAGUUACUAGGGAUCCGGCACUUCUUAGGAGGAUCGGAGAUGCCACGGCACUUGAAGUCAGGGCAACCGGAAUUCCUUAUGUUUUUGCUCCAUGUAUCGCGGUAUGCAGAGAUCCUAGAUGGGGUCGAUGCUACGAGAGCUAUAGUGAAGAUCAUAAGAUUGUUCAGCAAAUGACUGAGAUUAUACCUGGACUGCAAGGAGAAAUUCCUUCUAAUUCACGAAAAGGAAUUCCUUUUGUUGCGGGAAAACAAAAAGUUGCGGCCUGCGCUAAGCACUUCGUAGGAGAUGGUGGCACGAACAGGGGCAUUGAUGAGAACAACACUAUUAUCGACUAUAAUGGAUUGCUUAGCAUUCACAUGCCUGCAUAUUAUAACUCGAUAAUCAAGGGAGUCGCGACAGUAAUGGUUUCUUACUCGAGCUGGAAUGGAAGGAGAAUGCACGCCAAUCGUGACCUUGUCACCGGGUACCUCAAAAACAAGCUCAAGUUUAAGGGUUUUGUCAUAUCAGAUUGGCAAGGGAUUGACAGAAUCACCUCUCCUCCACAUGCUAAUUAUUCUUAUUCAGUUGAAGCUGGAGUUGGCGCUGGAAUUGACAUGAUCAUGGUUCCAGAAAACUACGCAGAGUUCAUCGAUGAACUCACUCGCCAGGUGAAGAACAAUAUCAUUCCAGUGAGCAGGAUCGACGAUGCUGUUAAAAGGAUAUUGAGAGUUAAAUUUCUUAUGGGUCUCUUUGAGAAUCCGUUGGCAGACAACAGCCUAGCCAACCAACUCGGAAGCAAGGAACAUAGAGAACUGGCAAGGGAAGCUGUAAGAAAAUCGCUUGUGCUGUUGAAGAACGGUCCCUCAGCCGAUAAGCCGUUGCUUCCUCUUCCUAAAAAAGCUGCCAAGAUAUUAGUUGCAGGGACUCACGCUGACAACUUGGGCUAUCAAUGCGGGGGCUGGACGAUCACUUGGCAGGGUCAGAGCGGGAACGAUCUCACUGUUGGUACCACAAUCCUCAAUGCUGUAAAAAACACGGUCGAUCCUACAACUCAGGUCGUGUACAACGAGAAUCCAGAUGCAAGCUUUGUCAAGUCUAACCAGUUCUCGUAUGCCAUCGUCAUCGUGGGUGAGCCUCCAUAUGCUGAAAUGUUCGGUGACAGCACAAAUCUCUCCAUCUCCGAGCCUGGCCCAAGCACCAUAAGGAAUGUGUGCAGCAACGUCAACUGUGUCGUUGUUGUCGUCUCGGGUCGUCCUGUUGUGAUGCAGCCUUAUGUUGGAGUUGCCAAUGCCCUUGUGGCUGCUUGGCUUCCAGGAACAGAAGGCCAAGGAGUAGCUGACCUUCUGUUUGGUGACUAUGGAUUCACCGGUAAGCUCGCUCGUACAUGGUUCAAGACUGUCGAUCAACUUCCCAUGAACGUUGGCGAUUCACAUUACGAUCCACUCUUCCCGUUUGGGUUCGGUUUGACCACUAAACCAAACAAGUACUAGAAAUAAUACAUUUUAGAGAACUUGAAGCAUAUUUAUCAUUUUCUUACCUACGAUGAGGAAAUUUACAAAGUCUCUUAAUCAUGUUUAGUAGCAUUUGUAAUACUCUUUCUUCUUUUAAUCUAUUAUUGGAAAAUCUUUUCCAUUAAAUAA